AUGAUCUUUAUCGACACUAAGACCCUGGCUCUGCAUGUUCGAGAUUAUGCUGAUCCAGAUCAACGGUAUGCCAUCUUGUCGCACGUAUGGGGUCCUACCAAGGACGAGUUGACUUAUGAAGAGAUGAAUGUUGCUCCGCAAGACCGUCCAAAAUCCACGCUCGCAAAGCCAGGGUACCGGAAGAUCAUCGAGACCUGCAAGAUAGCUUCUUCACCUCGGUACAGACUACCAUAUGUAUGGUGCGAUACUUGCUGCAUCAACAAGCCUAGCAGUGCAGAGCUUAGCGAAGCAAUCAACUCCAUGUUCAGAUACUACAAAGAAGCUCGGGUGUGCUUCGCCUAUCUCUUCGACGUCACUGAAAGCGAUUACUCCUUCAUCUCGUCAAAAUGGUUUUCUCGCGGCUGGACACUACAGGAACUCAUUGCGCCGAGGGAUGUCGUCUUCUACAACCAAAAAUGGGAGUUUCGAGGUACGAAAUCGAGCCUGGCUACCCAGAUUACGGAGAUCACAGGAAUUCCUGACAAGAUUCUCAAGCAAGAGAUGGAGCUGAGCGAGAUGCCUGUUGCUCAGCGCUUCUCGUGGGCAGCUGAGCGCAAGACUACCCGGGACGAAGACAUGGCAUACAGCCUCCUUGGUAUAUUCGAUAUUAACAUGGCAAUGCUGUAUGGAGAAGGGUCAAAAGCAUUCAUCCGCUUGCAAGAACAGAUACUCAGCCAAUGUGCUGAUGACUCGAUCUUCCUGUGGAAUGACCAAUUCUCGGAUCAAGAGCUGACAGGCCUCCUUGCUCCUUCUCCGAAAAGUUUUCGACAAAUGCGAUCAAUCACACCUGAGCCGACAGUACGUCCGCGGGACUUUUAUCUUACAAAUCGUGGUAUCCGUCUCAAGCUGGGUCUCGCAUGGGACAACGAUACCGGACUUGCUAUAUUACCAGUAAAGCACUCCCUUGGUACCGUGGGCAAACCUGUUGGUGUAUACCUCAGGCGAGUGGGGCCGGAUUUAUUUGUUCGCGCGCAGCCUCAAAAAUGCCCCUCGGUGAAGACCGAAGUGGUGUACACUGAGUUCACUGCAGUCAAAUCGUUAACAGUUACGCAAGCCGCAACUAUCAUGGACAAAGUCAUGCGAGUAAUCAAGCCUGCGAGUGUCCGUGUCAACCGAGUGGAACCCAAUGGCCUUUGGGAUCCAUCCGCAAAGUGGCUGCACGCAACGCACACUGGCGCCAUCAUCGGCUAUAUGGAGUUCAAAUCCGAUGCAUACCCUGUCUUCGCAUUUGUGUUCUUCUUCAGGAACGGCCAUUGGUCAGCUACCGUGGUCGUUGGUGAUCGGUGGAUUGCUAGGCGGAAGGACUUUUACAGACACUACCAUGUCAAUCUUCAUGAGCUCUGGUAUUUCGACACAAUGGGCGAUUCUAGGAUGGAAAAGAUUGACAGAAUUAAACCUGACUCCCAUGUUUUGACACUGCAUAUGCGAGUCGCAAGGGGUACUGCACGACCCCACCUGGAGAUAAGGGAAGUAGAUAGGAAAGAGGGCUCAUGA